AUGCCCAAUGGCAUCAGUAAGCGCCAGCAGCUGCGCAAUGAGAAAACUCUCGCCGAGCUGAUCCGCACAAUUCCCGGCAAUGACCGUUGUGCCGACUGCGACGCCUUGACCCCAGGAUGGGCAAGCUGGAACAUGGGCAUCUUCCUUUGCAUGCGGUGCGCCGCAAUCCACCGCAAGCUAGGUACACACAUAUCCAAGGUCAAGUCCUUGUCGAUGGAUACAUGGUCGUCCGAGCAGGUUGAUAACAUGAAAUCGCACGGAAACAACCUCAUGAACAAGAUUUAUAACCCGAAAAAUAUCAAGCCGUCUACCCCGGUCGACGUCGACGAAGCCGACUCGUGCAUGGAACGUUUUAUUCGACAAAAAUACCAGUAUCGAUCGUUGGAAGAUGGGAAGCCGAAGCCUCCGAGCCGCGAUGACGAGAGUUAUACCAGGCCAUCCCGGUCCAGACGCGACAGAUCUCCCGCUAGAUCUCCACCCAGAUCCCCCGAGGGCUCACCUCCGCCUCUGCCGCCCAAGACCGGAAGCAAGUUCUUUGGCUUCGGUCUACGCGGAUCCUCUUCAACCUCGAACCUCCGCCGAUUCGGGACCAAGUCAUCCAAGGCCUCGCCGAACCCAGAUCUCGAGCGCUGGUCCCCGCCCUCUUCCUCGAAGGGCCCCGAGCGCCCCGAGCGUGGCCUCGGAGCACCGGUUGCCGAUGUGACGACUAAUUCGUUCGAAGCCAAGAUGGCCGCGUUGAGGGAGAUGGGAUUCACCAAUGACCGGCGGAACGAGAUGGUACUCCGUGGUCUCAACGAGGACUUGAAUCGUUGCGCGGAGACACUGUCAAGACUGGGAGAAGGAAACGGCACUCUUCCUGCACGAGCGAGAACUCCGGCUCCAACGAGCAACACUGCACCUGCACCUCUGCCAACUGCUCCGCGUGCCGUGACCCCGAACCCACAAUCGCUAGGAUCCAACAACCCCUUCGAGAGAUCCGUCUCGAACCCGGUUCCUCAGCAACAGCCGCAGUCUGCGACGACCUCCUAUAACCCGUUCGAUCAGCCAAACCCGACACCAGCCUCAGCACAGCCAUUGGAGUCCUCUUUCCAGAACUUGCAGGUGUCGCAGCCGUUGUUCCCUCACUCGACCGGCGGAUAUUCCAACCAAGCGCAACCUCAGACUACAUAUCAACCAUCAUUCGCUCCUUCAGCCACUCUCGGCCAGAACCAGGGAGGUUAUGUCUCUUCGCCCCAGGCAAUGGACAGCAACUACAAUCCAUUCUUCCAGACUACACCCCAGCCGCAGAGCGGCGUGGCAAGUCAGCCUUUUACCAACACCGCUGCCGCACAAAACAAUCCAUUCUUUAAUGCCUCUCAAAACUUUGCGCAGCCCCAGCAGUCGGCAGCAGCCCCAACUCUCGCAGUACCACGCCCGCCUCAGCAUGCAAACACCAUGCCAGCCAUGUCUUCUUCUUCGCCCUUUGGAACCUCUCCAUUUGGACCGACACCUUCUUUCCAGACCCAGCAACAGCUGCAACAAAACCAAAAUACUUCGCAAGGGUCUUAUAACCCAUUCCAACAGGCCAUGCCAACUCCUCAGAGCGCAGGACCUUUCACGACCCAACCUCAAUUCCCACCUCAGCAGGUCCAGCCGCAGCAACAACAGCAGCAGCUAGUCCCUCAGACCACUGGCCAGAUGAGCAAAAACGGCAUCCUUUCUCUAUACAACCUCGCUCCUUCGCCAGCAGUUCCUCAGAUCCCCAACCAAUUCCAACAGCAGGCUCAGGCUCAGGCUCAAUACCAGCCCCAAGCUCAACCGCAACCGCAAUCCCAGCCUUUCAACGGCAUGGCAACCAGUCCCGUCCCACCACUCACGAACUCUCUCACCACCACACCUCAAACCCAACCCGGCUCCGCAAUUCCUACUCCCCAAACCACCACAGCCGGACCCAUGGCAUCCCGCAACCCCUUCGGCGCUGCAACAGUUGGCUCAGGCCUAGCUGCCCAAGCAGGCGUGACCCCCUCCCAACUGAACCAACCCUCCUCCGGCCUAGGCAUCGGAAUGGGCACCAACGGCGCCGCCAAUGCCCCAGGAGCAACAGGCACGAAGCCACCCUCAAGUCCGUUCUCAUCGUCAAGUCCCUUCUCUUCAGCCCCGUUUUCCUCAAGCCCCUUCUCCGGCCCCCACCAACAACCUAGCGUCGACGUCAACGGUCUGCAGAAUGGUCGGCAUAGCCCGGAUGCAUUUGCUAGUCUGAGCGCUCGCUAUGGUUGA